GAGGGGCGCAGGCUGCAGGCUUUCUGGAUACAGGCGCUUCUGCAUCCACGUCGCGCACAGUGCAGAUUCUGCUCUGGCUGCUCUGUGGCAGCCCUACGACCGGUCGUGACCAGAUCCAGCUUGCAGCUCAGUUUUGUUCAUUCGAGUGGGCGGCGGCGGCCAGCAAGGAGCAAACAUGCAGCGGCUCGGGGGUAUUUUGCUGUGUAUGCUGCUGGCGGCGGCGGUCCCCACUGCCCCCGCUCCUGCCCCGACGGCCACUUGGAUUCCGGCAGAGCCGGGCCCGGCUCUCAACUACCCUCAGGAGGAAGCUACGCUCAAUGAAAUGUUCCGAGAGGUGGAGGAGCUGAUGGAAGACACUCAGCACAAACUGCGCAGCGCGGUGGAGGAGAUGGAGGCAGAAGAAGCAGCUGCUAGAACGUCCUCUGAGGUGAACCUGGCAAGUUUACCUGCCAACUAUCAUAACGAGACCAACACAGAUACCAGGGUGGGAAAUAACACAGUCCAUGUGCACCAGGAAGUUCACAAGAUAACCAACAACGAGAGUGGACAGAUGGUCUUUUCUGAGACAGUUAUUACAUCUGUGGGGGAUGAAGAAGGCAAGAAGAGCCAUGAAUGUAUCAUUGAUGAGGACUGUGGAUCCACCAGGUACUGCCAGUUCUCCAGCUUUAAGUACACCUGCCAGCCGUGCCGGGACCAGCAGCUGCUAUGCACCCGAGAUAGUGAGUGCUGUGGAGACCAGCUGUGUGCCUGGGGUCACUGCUCCCCAAAGGCCACCAAAGGUAGCAAUGGGACCAUCUGUGACAACCAGAGGGAUUGCCAGCCUGGCCUGUGUUGUGCCUUCCAAAGAGGCCUGCUGUUCCCUGUGUGCACGCCCCUGCCCGUGGAGGGGGAGCUCUGCCAUGACCCCACCAGUCAGCUGCUGGACCUCAUCACCUGGGAACUGGAGCCUGAAGGUGCUUUGGACCGAUGCCCCUGUGCCAGGGGUCUCCUCUGCCAGCCACACAGCCACAGUCUGGUAUACAUGUGCAAGCCAGCCUUCGUGGGCAGCCAUGACCACAGUGAGGAGAGCCAGCUGCCCAGGGAGGUCCCGGAUGAGUAUGAAGAUGUUGGCUUCAUAGGGGAAGUACGUCAGGAGCUGGAAGACCUGGAGCGGAGCCUGGCUCAGGAGAUGGCAUUUGACAAACCCAUCCCUGUGGAGUCACUCGGUGGAGAGGAAGAGAUUUAGACCCAGACCCAGCUGAGUUGCUGGUAGAUGUGCAAUAGAAAUGGCUAAUUUAUUUUCCCAGGAGUGUCCCCAGGUGUGGAAUGGCCACAGCUCCUUCCCAGUAGCUUUUCCUCUGGCUCGACAAGGUACGAUGCAGUACACUUCUUUCAGCUGCCCCACUUCUCUGGCUUGAGAAAGACAGGCAUGGCGGCUAAGGGCAGCGGUGAGCUGUCCCACAUUGUUGAUAGACACACUGUCUUGCUCUUCAUGGCUUGAAGAUUUGUUUGAAGGGAGAGAAUGGGAAGGGAUGAAGUCUUCCAGUGAUGGGCUUGAGGGAUCCAGGGAGGAGGGUGCCUGCCUUGCAAAUGUGGACCUGGCAAAAUGUAGCCAUUGCUUUUGUCUCGUGCCCCCUCCAUGGGCUGAGGCAGGGGCUACAUGGGAGCUAGGCUGCUCUUGUGGCCUCCCACACAGUCACCCUCAGCUCCUACCUCACUGUCGGCACAACCCUUUAUAGCCACGCUCCCUCCCACUCACCACAGCUGGGGGGAACUGAGGGGUUUCUCUCAAAGCCCCUUGUUCUCUCUCAACCCCACACCAGCCUCAGUGCCACCAAAAGUCCUUCCAAAUGGAGGAGAGUGAAAUCCUUUUGUUUUUAUUUUUUACUCCUCCGAGGCAUGCCUGGAACUAAGGUCAGGCUAGUUUGCAUGUCCCUCUAAGGUUAGUUGCUGUGUGGUGGACAUUGUCCUCCACCAUCUGCUUCAAUAACUCUGAAAGCCAGUGUUUGAAGUGCAGUUUGUGUAAAUUAACUUGCAGGAAAUAUACUUGGGUAGGGCCAGAAUUGUGAAUGAAAUUUGCAAAGUUGCUUAGCAACAAUGGAAGGCCUUUCUCAAUCGCAAGAGAAAUCAAAACCAAGCCAGGCUGUGUAAAGUAUAGCUAUGACGUCCAGACAGAAGGCUGGGCGGGAUGUCAGGCCUCAGACGACGGUUUCAGGUGCCAGGAACUAUUUCCAUUCUGUAUCCAAAGUUAUUAAAAUUUAAGGUUGCACACAGUUGUGUAAGCAUGCUUUUCUUUCCUGAGUUUAAAAUUUUGUCUACACAAAUGUGUUGCCCUCAAGGGUCAUGCAUAAACGACUUUGGCUGCUCUGUGGUAAUUCUUGAACUUUUUCUUUGAUUUUCAAUAAAUAGAAAUGCCCUUCAUGCAAAAAAAAUAUAUAAUAAAAUAAAACGAUCUGUAGUAUAAAGAGACAAAAUAAAUUCCAUAGAAGCAGAUUUUCCAGGCAUCUGCAGUUCACCUCUUUUAGAAUCAGAAUAUGUUGGAACUCUUUUCCUUGUCUGGAUGGGAAUUAGUUUUAAGAGAGAAAAUACUUUACCGUCUCCUGAAAGAAUAAAUGGAAUAUAUGAGUCUUCUCUUGGAGGCUCUCUGUAAUCAAAUGUAGUUCUGGGACUGUGCUAGCAUUGUUACUGUAACAGAACAGCUGAAGUAAUUAACUUAUAUGUUAAAAAAGGGUCAAUUGGGUUCACCAUUUCAGGUUUCAGUCAGGAUCCUAUUGCGUUGAAACUAUGGAGAGGCAGCACAACGUGGCAGGGGCAUGUGGUCGAGUCAAGCUGCUCCCUUCUGGCUAAAAGAGGAGAAAGGAGAAUGUGCAGUGUUGUCCAGGGCACACCCUUCCCCCUCAGGAUCUGGGUGCUCUCACAGAACCCACCCUUUAAGGGUGGAAGGCUUUGGAGCUCUGGUUUUAGUUACUCUUCUGGGUGGUAAAAUCAAACACCCACCAAGAAGUAACCUGAGGGAUGAGGGUUUAUUUUGGCUCCUGGUUCAAGCCAGGGAGUCCUUCAUGGCAGGACCCACAGUAUGGAGGACCAGGAAGCAAAGAGAGUACAAUGUACAACUCAGCUUUCUCCUUCUGUCCCUUUUUAUUUAUUCUGGGACCCCAACCCUUGGGGUGGUGCCACCUACAAUAAGGGCGAGUUUCCUUUCCUUAGAAUCCUCUGGAAACUCCUGGUCUCAUAGAUAUGUGCAGAGGUGUGUCAUCUAAAUGGUUCAAACCCAUUCGGUUCCAAGACAUAAAAGCGCUAUGUACUAACUCUUCCGCGUAGCACCGAGUACCUCUUAAAAGCCUUUAAAUCUCAUCUGAAGAUAUCACAGCAAAGAGAUGUAAACAUUUAGAAAAACAAUAAAUGUAAUUGAUGAAGUCACCUGUGUCCAUGGUAUGGGUCCAUUUGUCACUAAUCCUGUGCUGGUUAGGAUUUGCUGUAUUUUAUCUGCUAUGUUGAAAUCCUCUGGUUUUACAGAUAAAUGUUAAGAUUCAGAAUAACGGAAUGAAACAUUAAAAAAAAUACUCUCAGGUUGAUAAAGAAGAUUAUUGUAGCCUACUGAUAUUUGCAUGGGGACCAAGCCUUUAACAAGUAGGUCUUUGUGCAGGGGGAUAUUUUAUCCAGUUUGCAACAGAAUUGUGACACAUUAAGCUCUUUAAGGUCUAGAUUAACGAGGCCACUGUAUUUUUAGGUCAGCAGGGCAGUAGGGCUCUGAUUCAUUAUAUCUCUGAAUUUUACGAGAUACUAACAGAUGAAGUGUGGCUUCAAAAAGAUGGAUUGAAGUAGCAGUCAUAUGAGGUGCCAUCUAGGGGACAUUUAGGGAGUGUCCUGUAUUCAGUGUCAAAAUUUUCUAGGUCCACUCUAUCUCAUGGAUCACCUGGCAGCUACGUGCCAAGGGCUUCCUCAGAGCCAGGGGUUGUGAUGUGGCCCGAGGGUUCCCAGAUGAGAGCCCCAACUCUGAAAUCAUUACAGUAGAAAGCAGGAUACAGCUAGACUAAGCAGUGACUGACACAGUCAACCCAGUAUGGAGUGUUAGAGGGGCCCCAGCAGGGUACUUAGCUUGGAGGGCUGGCAUGGAAAUGGGCUGAAAGAUGCACAUUUACCAGAAAGUCAGAAGCCGGACUUGGACAGGAUUCUCAAAGGAUAGGGUGACAGGAAGCUUGAGGAAAUGCUUAGAUGAGGCUGAAAAUUGUUUUGAAAACAAAAGCAAAACCAAAACAAAGCCCCCCCCCCAAACAAAUAAUAAACAACCCUGGUGGGUACUCAUCAUGUAACAGGCCUUGUCUCCCAAGCUAGACUAGAGCCCCCUUCCUAGAGCUAACUAUCAAAACAUAAGGACCCCAGGAGAGGCCUGUGUGCUCAGCUAAGAUUGUGCCUCACCAUCGUUAAUGGACCAUGGGAAGAGUUGGACAGACUGUGGCUUUCAACUCCAUGCCUGCUCUUUUCUUGGAUCUCAUUACUGCCAGGGAAGUAGUGGCAGGAACUGAUGGUUUGCCUCCUUAGUAAGUGAUCCCAGCAAAGGACCAGGCUGCCAAGGAGGGAUUUCCCCCUUUCCUUGACAAGGAAAGUGGAGGAGCUCCCACCUUCCCAUCUUCCAGGAUAGGCACUUAAGAUGUGGCAUUUGGCUUCACAGCCCCUGGGGAAGCUGGGACCUGCCAGGCUGACGUCCUCCAUCCUCCAGGGCCUUCAGAAGAGAACUCACUUCUUAGCUUCUGUGGGCCUUUAAGCUGGCAGGCAUUCCUUGACUCACAGUCCAUGUAUGACUUUUCGUAUUUCUAUGGCUGGUCUGUAUCUGGCAAGAGCGACUCAGGGAGGCAAGGUUUAGAAUUUGAAGGAAUUGUCCAUGAUGUUCGCAGGCAUUACUGCAGGAGUAGAGGUGACUGGUCACAUGACUUUCUAAUCAGGAAGGAGAGUCAAUGGGAAGUGGUACAAAUUACAAGACCCACCUCCAGUGACCCACUUCUGCCAGCAAGGAUCCACUCCCCUGAUGUUCCACAACCUUCCAAGACAGUGCUGCAAGCCGAGGACCAAGUGUUCAAAAACAAAUGGGUAGUGGUUGUUUGAAUAAGAACUGUCUCCUAUAGUCUUAGACAUUUGAACACUUGGUCCCCAGCUGGUGAUUAUGUUUGGGGAGGUUUAGGCAGUGGAGCCUUGUAAGAAGUAUGUCACUGGGGGCAGGCAUUGAGGUUAUACAGUCUUAUCUAAUGUCACUGUCUGCUGCACAUCUUCCUGCUUUGCUGCCAUGUCACACUGCCAACAUGGACUCUCAAACUGUAAGCCAAAAUAAACUCUGAAGUUUA